UAGUUAUUGAUGUCAAAGUACGAUGCUUUGUUUCGAUUCUGCAACUGGGGAGUCAGUGAAAUCGAAAAACCUGGAGAGGCUUUCAAUUGGGAAACCUGAGAUUUGGGGUCCUUUUUGACGAUGUUAAAGGCUAAAGCUUUAUGGUAUCGCUUAGUGAAAUACAGAAAAGCUACCACUUGUGCUCUUCCGUCGGAACCGUCACUCCCCACUUCCGCCGCCGUCUCCGCCGCUUGGAGUGAUCACCAGUCCCGAUGUUUGUCUUUAAUAGUUAAGCUUGGCCAACGAGGGCUUACAGACUCUGCUCGGGAAGUUAUUCGCCGUGUUAUUGAUGGCUGUUCUUCGAUUUCAGAGGCAGCUUUAGUCGCCGAUUUUGCAGUCAACAAUGGAAUAGAUCUCGACUCGUGUUGCUACGGCGCUUUGAUUAGGAAGCUUACGGAGAUGGGUCAGCCUGGACUUGCUGAAACUUUGUACAAUCAAAGUGUAAUCGGAAAUGGUAUUGUUCCCGAUUCGUGGGUUUUAAAUUCAAUGGUUCUUUGUUUGGUAAAGUUAAGGAGAUUUGAUGAAGCUAAAGCACAUUUAGAUAGAAUCCUAGCUUCUGGUUAUGUUCCUAGUAAAAACGCCUCUAGCUUAGUAGUUGAUGAGCUUUGUAAUCAAGAUCAGUUUCUCGAGGCGUAUCUAUACUUUGAACAAGUCAAAGCGAGAGGCAGUGGUUUAUGGCUUUGGUGUUGUAAGAGAUUGUUUAAGGGAUUGUGCGGUCACGGUCACUUGGAUGAAGCAAUUGGGAUGUUAGAUACUCUGUGUGAGAUGACGCGAAUGCCUCUGCCAAUUAAUCUGUACAAGUCUCUGUUUUACGGUUUUUGUAGAAGAGGAUGUGCUGCUGAAGCAGAGGCUCUGUUUGAUCAUAUGGAAGCUGACGGUUACUUUGUGGAUAAGGUCAUGUACACUUGUUUGAUGAAAGAAUAUUGCAAGGACAACAAUAUGACAAUGGCGAUGCGGCUCUACUUGCGGAUGGCCGAGAAAUGCUGUGAGCUUGACACUUACAUUUUCAACACUUUGAUUCAUGGGUUCAUGAAGUUGGGUAUUCUCGAUAAAGCGCGGGUAAUGUUUAGUCAAAUGAUAAAAAAAGGUGUGCCCUUGAAUGUUUUCACAUACCAUAUAAUGAUCGGUAGCUAUUGCAAGGAAGGGAAUGUUGAUUAUGCUUUGAGGCUUUUUGAGAAUAGCACUGGGGUCGAAGAUAUAUCACACAACGUUCAUUGCUAUACAAAUCUUAUAUCCGCGUUUUACAAGAAAGGCGGAUUGGAUAAAGCUGUUGACUUGUUGAUGAGGAUGUUAGACAAAGGGGUUGUCCCUGACCAUAUAACUUACUUUGUACUCUUGAAGAUGCUCCCGAAAUGCCACGAGCUUAAGUACGCUUUGGUCAUCUUACAAGCACUUGUCGAUAAUGGAUGUGGGAUUGAUCCAUCGGUUAUUGAUGACCUUGGAAAUAUUGAGGUAAAGGUUGAGUCUUUGCUUGAGGAGAUUGCUAGGAAAGAUGCGAAGCUAGCUGCUAAGGGACUUGCGGUUGUCACCACUGCUCUGUGUUCUCAAAGAAAUUUCACUGCUGCUUUAUCUCGUAUGGAAAAAAUGGUCAAUCUAGGAUGCACACCAUUACCUUUUUCAUACAACUCAGUGAUCAAAUGUCUGUUUCAGGAAGGUGUUAUCGAAGAUUUGGGGUCUUUAGUCAAUCUCUUUCAAGAAUGGGGAUUUGUUCCGGAUCCCGAUACGUAUUUGAUAAUGGUGAAUGAGUUAUGCAAGAAUAAUGACAGUGACGCUGCACUUGCUGUUAUAGAUGUAAUGGAAGAGCUUGGUUUGAGACCUAGAGUCGCUAUCUACAGCUCGAUCAUCAGUUCUCUUGGCAAACAGAAGAGAGUUGUGGAGGCGGAAGAGACGUUUGCAAAGAUGCUUGACUCUGGGAUUCACCCCGAUGAGAUUGCUUACAUGGUUAUGAUCAAUGCUUAUGCAAGAAACGCAAGAAUCCAUGAAGCAAACGAGUUAGUUGAAGAAGUCGUCAAACAUUUCGUUAGACCUAGCUCUUUCACUUACACGGUGUUGAUCAGCGGGUUUGUGAAGAAGGGUAUGAUCGAGAAAGGAUGUCAGUAUCUCGAUAAGAUGCUUGAAGACGGGUUAUCUCCAAACGUUGUGCUGUAUACUUCGCUCAUCGGACAUUUCUUGAAGAAGGGAGAUUUUAAGUUUUCUUUCACAUUGUUCGGUUUGAUCGGCGAAAACGAGAUCAAACAUGAUCACAUCGCGUACAUCACAUUGCUUAGCGGUUUAUGGAGAGCUAUGGCUCGAAAGAAGAAGAGACAGGUGGUUUUUGUUGAGCCGGGGAAAGAAAAGCUUCUUCGACGUCUUCUUCAUGCGAAUCCUUUAGUAUCAGUCUCUUCUUCUAUGUGCAACUACGGAUCAAAAAGCUUUGCAAUGGAAGUGAUUAGGAAAGUGAAAAAGCAUAUAAUCCCCAAUUUAUACCUCCACAACGCAAUUAUAGCUGGAUAUUGCGCUGCAGGAAGGCUAGACGAAGCUUAUAACCAUCUCGAAUCAAUGCAAAAGAAAGGAAUUGUUCCAAAUCAGGUAACUUCCACUAUUCUAAUGAAAUCUCAUAUAGAAGCAGGGGAGAUCGAGUCUGCUAUAGAUUUGUUCGAGGAAUCGAAUUGUGAGCCAGAUCAGGUUAUGUACAGUACUCUGCUUAAGGGUCUCUGUGAAAGUGAAAGACCUGUUGAUGCUUUUGCUUUGGUGUUAGAAAUGCAGAAGAAUGAGUUUCAUCCGAAUAAAUACUGUUAUGAAAAGCUGCUUCGAUGUCUCUGUUACUCUAGAUUGACCAUGGAAGCGGUUAAAGUGGUUAAAGAUAUGGCUGCUCUUGGUUUUUGGCCUCGUUCGGUUAGUCACACUUGGUUGAUUUAUAUUCUGUGUGAAGAGAAGAGGUUAAGAGAGGCUCGUGCUUUGUUUGCUAUUAUGGUUCAAUCUGGAAGAUCUUUAUUUAAUUGUACUAACCCGGGUUUGUUCAAAAUGCUUUACCAGAAUCAGCAACUUUAG